UCAAUACCUAAAUCAUGUCCGUGUAGAAAAGCAAAAUUUUAGUGAAAUUUAAUAAGAUUAUAUAAAUUGAAAGUUAAAAUGAGUAAGAAACCAUUGGGACUCCACGUCACGGGUGCCAUCAACAAAGCCCGUACAUCUAUGUUAAAGGACGGCAACGCCCUUGUGAUUCCUGUGGUGUAGCAGUAUGUUGACAGUAACGUGAAUGUAUACCGCAGGGCCUGGGCCGGGCGCCUACCGACUGCCGACGACGGUGGGCUUCCAGGACCACGACCCGUCUCGGAACCGCAACCCGAUGUACUCGUUCGGCAUCAACGCGGGCGCGCGCUUCAAGCAGUUGGGCCCCGGACCGGCCUACCGGGUGGACUGCGUCGUGUCGUCGCCGGCCUGGAGCUUCGGGGCGAGGUUUCCGCAGCGCAGCACGAUGCGCACGCCGGGCCCGGGCGCGCACGCCCCGGAGAAGUGUCCGCCGACGCGCGACCCCCGCGCGCCUGCCUACUCGAUGGGCGCGCGGUUGGGCUUCGCGCUGAAGCGGCCCGGGCCGGCGCCCAACGCGUAUGCGCUGCAGAUGGGGCCCGGCUCGCCCGCGUACACCAUGGGCGCGCGAGUGGGCUUCAGCCUCAAGCCCAAGUCGCCCGGGCCGGCCGUGUACUUCCAGCAGGACGCCGACGUGUACUGCGCGCGUGCGCCCGUCUACAGCAUGGGGGCGCGCUCGGCGGGCGCCGGCAAGCCGACCAAAUCGCCGGGCCCGGCCGCCUACCCGCCCGACCUCUACAACACCAAGAAGAAUCCAUACAAAUAUUCAUUCGGCACGAAGCACGGCGACUACGCCCCGCCGAUGAUCAUCAAAGAGGACACCAUGGACUGUCUGUGACUCUUACUCUCGCGGCUGGCUCUACUCCACGACACUGCAGACAUACUUCAGCCCGAAACACCUUCAGCGGCCCCGGCGGCGCAGAGACUUUAAGCCACAAGAUGGCAGCAUUUCUGUACGUUCCUCCGUUGCAAACAUUCACUUGUCGAGGCCGGCCGAGACGUGCGCUCUUGUUCCUGUACUUGCACUUGGUAUUGUUAUUAAUGUCAACAUAAUGAUGAUCAAAAUUGUGAAACAUAAGACAAGCCUGAGCUAUGGGAGUUCACUAGUGAAUGGAGUGGUCCAUGUACACCGAACGCACAUAAAUAUCGCUUGAACAGACAAACUACUCUGAAAUUAGUACAGGAGGCUUAUAUUGCGAACUGAAUGUGGCACAGACAUCGCUCAAAUACAACCAUGAUCACCGAGCGUGCUUUACUCUACUCACUACGGUCUCACGUUAGAUAGCCGAGCGUGAUAGCAAGUAUCAUUCAAUACCCACACAAGAAAGUGCUCAGAAACAAAAGACACUUAUGUCCAGGAACAGGUCAUCUGUACGAGGGCUAGCUGUCAACUAACUGUCUAACUGAAGAGAAGCAAAACUAUUGAUAAUAUUGAAUAACGCACGAGAAAGGUAUCACAUGUUUAGGUACUAAAAAAAAGUAUCGGUUUCGAAUUCGUAAAAUAUGUUGACUUCAAAAUUGUGUUGUAGGUAUGUAAAGUUUUUGUCUUUUGUAUCAACGUUUGAUAGGUUUGUAUCGUAUUGUGUUUACAAUAAAAUUCAUAUACCUAAAAACUGA